AUGACAGAAUUUAACGAGAUCUCGUUUGACUACCUUUCCAGAUCUCAUAACCAAUUCGUCAAUGCGCUGGCUAUGCAUUCAUCUAUGUUGCAGGUCACCAAUGGGUUGGAAAUAGAACCUCUGAGGAUUGAAGUCCUGACCAGACCAGCCCAUUGCAUGGCCGUAACUGAGGAACCCGAUGGCAAAUCAUGGUAUUAUGAUAUCAUGAACUACAUCAAGGAGCAGCAGUUCCCUGGAGGUAGUACCGCUGCAAACAGAAGGUACAUAAUGAAGAUGGCAACGAAUUUCUUCAUCAGUGGUGAGUACUUAUACAAAAGGUCAUAUGAUUCUAUUCUGCUGAGAUGUGUGGAGGCAACUGAAGCAACGUGA